GCGGCUCGUCCUCCGUCGCUGUGCGCCUCACAGCGAUUCAGGCUCGCAUUGUGCAGGCGUUGCGCUCUCCUUUCCCAUCGGAUGCGUGCUCUUCGCUCGGCCGACGUCCAGCGAAUGGUUUAUUUUUCCAACCCUCGGUGGGGCAUGAAAGCACAUUUCUUUUGCGACGGAAAUUCGGACUGAAAGCGGGGGAGAGGAGAGCGUUAUUUUUUGGACCUCAUUUGCAGGUUGAGACAUGCCAGUUCCAGACCAGCCUUCUGAAGCCGAGAAGCCCACCAUGCUGAGCCCAAGCCUGGACUCCUCCAACGGGGAGAAGGGUGAGGCAGAGACCACUUCAGCCAUCCUGGCCUCCGUCAAAGAGCAGGAGCUGCAGUUUGAGAGGCUGACUCGGGAGCUAGAGGCAGAGCGGCAGAUUGUUGCCACCCAGCUUGAGCGAUGUAAACUGGGAUCUGAGACUGGUGGCAGCAUGAGCAGCUUAAGUUCAGCAGAUGAGCAUCUUCGCUGGAAUACCCAAGAUGGACAGAAAGACAUAGAGGACGAACUGAACACUGGCCUGGAGCUUGUAGACUCAUGCAUCAGAUCCCUGCAGGAGUCUGGGAUACUGGACCACCAGGAAUAUGGCACAGGACCGAGCGUGCUCGCUCAGAGCUCACUGCAGUUCAGCUCAAACCCAGAAGGCUCCCUCCACUACUCCGCCAGCUACCAUAGCAACCAGCCCCUGGCCGUGAACGACGCCUCCUCGUCGGCCUCUGCCCAGCCUCCGCAGCCUCCGCAACCCCCGGCGCGUGCCACCGGUCAGCCCGGAGGAGCCGUCCACACCUACAACCAGGUGACGUCCAGCCGUGCGGCCCUGCUCACGGCGGGGGAGUCGGCUCCGGCCCUGAGUCAUGGCGGCAUCCUCCAGCAGGUGUCCGAACCGCAGCAGCUGUGCCCGGGCCCGGGCCUCUACUACCCCAGCGCCACGCUGCCUGCCCCGCGCGUCCACUCUCCCCUGAGCUCCAUGCAGCCCGCAGCCUCGGCCGCUGGCUCCCCUGCCAAGCUCCAGCGGCUGGGCUCGGCCUCGGACGGCACCGGGCCCCGUCUGCCCUCCUCCUCCUCCUCCUCGGCCUCGCCCAAGCCCUCUCCCGGCCGCUUGGCCAAGUCCUACAGCAGCAGCUCACCCAUCAACGCGGCGGGGGGUGGGGGCGGGGGCGGGGUUUCGGCCUCGGCCUCUCCCCUGCACCUGGCGUCCCCGCCCAGCAAUGCCUCGCUGCUCCACCACCAGCUCAGCGUGGGCAGCUACGCCACCCUUUCACCCACCAAGAGGCUCGUUCAGUCCUCGGAGCAGUACAAGAUCUCCCACGACCUCUACGCCACCGCUACUUUGCAGAGGCCCGCCAGCCUCGCCGGAUCGCGGGGCUGCUACAGCAGCCAGCAUGGCCACCUGGGCCCCGAGCUGAGGCCCCUGCAGUCCCCCGAACACCACAUCGAACCCAUCUAUGAAGACCGCGUCUACCAGAAGGGCCCGAUGCGGAGCCUGAGCCAGAGCCAAGGGGAGCCCCUCCCAUCGGGCCAUGCCGGCACCUACCGCACCAACACGGCCCCGUCCUCCCCUGGUGUCGACUCCGUACCCUUGCAGAGAACGGGAAGCCAGAACGCCACGGGGACGUACCCGCGCGGGGGCUACACAGCAGGCCCGGCAGGCAACUACGUAGACCCCUACCGCACGCUGCCCUACUGCUCUUCCGUGGAGUCCCCCUACAGCAAGUCGGGCCCCGCCUUGCCCCCGGAGGGCACCCUCGCCCGCUCGCCUUCCAUAGACAGCAUCCAGAAGGACCCAAGGGAGUUUGGCUGGCGGGACCCCGAGCUGCCUGAAGUGAUUCAGAUGUUGCAGCAUCAGUUCCCCUCGGUUCAGUCGAACGCCGCUGCCUACCUCCAGCACUUGUGCUUCGGAGACAACAAGAUCAAAGCUGAGAUCCGGCGGCAGGGAGGCGUGCCGCUGCUAGUGGACCUGCUGGACCACCGCAUGGCGGAGGUGCACAGGAGCGCCUGUGGGGCCCUCCGCAACCUGGUCUAUGGCAAGGCCAAUGACGACAACAAGGUGGCGCUGAAGAACUGCGGCGGCAUCCCCGCGCUGGUGCGCCUGCUCCGCAAGACCUCCGACGUGGACAUCAGAGAGCUCGUCACAGGCGUGCUGUGGAAUCUGUCCUCGUGCGAUGCCCUGAAGAUGCCCAUCAUCCAGGACGCCCUGGCGGUGCUGACCAACACGGUGAUCAUCCCGCUGUCCGCCUGGGACGUCUCGCCGCACCAGGAGGACCGCAAGCUGCAGAUGCACACCUCUCAGGUGCUCCGCAAUGCCACAGGAUGCCUGAGGAACGUGAGCUCGGCUGGAGAGGAGGCGCGCCGGCGGAUGAGAGAGUGUGAGGGUCUGACUGACGCGCUGCUCUUCGUCAUUCAGACUGCACUGGGGAGCACUGAGAUUGAUAGCAAGACCAUAGAAAACUGUGUGUGUAUCUUGCGGAACCUCUCCUACCGGCUGGCGGCAGAGACGUCUCAGGGACAGCAGAUGGGGACGGAGGAGCUGGACGGCCUGCUGGGCAGCGACGCCAACGGCAAGGAAGGAGAGAGCUCAGGCUGCUGGGGCAAGAGGAAGAAGAAGAAGAAAGCACAGGAUCAGUGGGAUGGUGCUGGGCCUCUCCCUGACGCAGCAGAGCCUCCCAAGGGGAUCCAGAUGUUGUGGCACCCAUCCAUAGUCAAGCCUUACCUCACGCUGCUGUCCGAGUGCUCCAACCCAGACACGCUGGAGGGUGCGGCAGGGGCCCUGCAGAACCUAGCUGCAGGGAGCUGGAAGUGGUCGGUCUACAUCCGUGCUGCCGUGCGGAAAGAGAAAGGCCUCCCAAUACUUGUUGAGCUCCUGAGAAUAGACAACGACCGGGUGGUUUGUGCGGUGGCUACUGCAUUACGAAACAUGGCCUUAGAUGUACGAAACAAAGAGCUAAUCGGGAAGUACGCGAUGCGGGACCUGGUGCAUCGCCUGCCAGGAGUCUCCAACAGUAACGGCGGCGGCAGCAGCGGAACAGCCAACAGCACGGCGAGCAAGACCAUGUCGGACGACACGGUGACGGCUAUCUGCUGCGCCCUGCACGAGGUCAUCACCAAGAACAUGGAGAACGCCAAGGCCCUGCGAGACGCCGGCGGCAUCGAGAAGCUCAUCGGUAUCGCCAGGAGCAAAGGAGAUAAACAUUCACCCAAGGUGGUGAAGGCAGCGUCUCAGGUGCUAAGCAGCAUGUGGCAGUACAGGGACCUACGCAGCCUUUAUAAGAAGGACGGCUACUCACAGUAUCACUUUGUGGGCUCAGCCUCAACAAUAGAGCGGGACAGGCAAAGGCCUUACUCCUCCUCACGCACACCCUCCGUCUCUCCAGUUCGGACCUCGCCCAACAAUCGAUCAGCGAGCGCCCCCGCCUCACCCAGAGAGAUGAUCAGCCUCAAGGAGAGGAAGACAGACUACGAGUCCACUGGAACCAAUGCCAGUUUCCAUGGCAACAAAGGAGAGCACACAUCCAGGAAAGACGCCAUGGCAGUUCAAGUGUCCUGUGGAACCUCCACGCUCUUCCGCAACUCGUACGUGACUCCAAAUGAAGAUAUCAAACACAACCAGGUCCCGGCCCAUCCCGCAGCACAGGAGAGCGUGCGGAAGGACUACGAGACGCUUCCUCCAUUUCAGAACUCCACUAGGAACUUUGAGGAGCCCUUUUUCGAGGAUCAGGUCCACCGCCCUACUCCCGCCACCGAUCUCAGUAUGCACCUGGGACUCAAGUCCACCGGCAACUACGUGGACUUCUACUCCGCUGCCCGCCCCUACAGUGAACUCAACUACGAGACAAGUCACUACCCCGCCUCGCCCGAUUCCUGGGUGUAGGACUCUGCUGACCCGGCGCGCCCCCUCUCGGGUGCUGGGGGUUGGGGUGGGGGGUGCGUGGUGCUUGUGGAGAGGCUGGAAAACUGUGCAUGUGCAUGCAUAUCACUGGACAUUUGUUCGACACGUUUCGUUCGUCCAAUCACCAAAAGCUGGUUCCGCAGAGCGGGUCCGGGAGGACGGGCUGAGAGGGCAGCAGAACCCGUGAUGGGGCAGUGGAAGAACAGGAGGCCUUGCAAGGAGGAGAAUCCAUGGAACGUGAACACAAGAGGGCAAGGCAGGUCAGAGGGCAGGUCAGAGGUAGGGACGGAGCAGCACGGAGGUGGUCUGGAGGAGGAACAGGGAAGGAGCCGGUAGAGCAGGUGUUUACCCUGAGCUUUGGGAACAGCUUCUGACAUUUUCUUUCUUUCAUCAUAAUUCACCUUAUUUUUAUUUAUUUAUUUAUUUUUACUAAAUAUCAGCUAUAUUAGAUUUUCCAGCCUUUUAUCUUUUUUUUAUUAGUAUUUUUUGUUUGUACUUUUUAUUUAUCGGUGUAAAGUAUUUGGUGUACAUUACAGAGAUAUGAGUACGUUGUCCGCAUUUCCACUAGGAGCCUCCCGUGGAUCCGGGUACAUACAGUACGGUACAUAAAAAAAAAAACUAGAACACUUUGGAGAGAUGCGUUGAUUAUCAGUGUCCCACUUUCAGAAUGGAGUAGGUUUCAAGAACAAGAGGGUCAUAUCUCAAAGUAUUGUUCAUUCUUAUAAUGUGAGUAUGUUUGUGGCAUCUAAACCAAUGUUUUAAAACAGUUAUGAAAAAACAUCAUUCCACACUCCUUGUCAAGUGCUUUUUCACUGCCUAAAAAGAUAGAUGUAGAUAUUUGAAAUAGAUUUUUUUUUGGGGGGGGGGGGGUUGGUUUUUUAGUUAUACCUUUUUUUCUUGGUUUUUCUCUCACUCUUAUUUUUGACGAUACAGCGUUAAAACAAAAAAAUAACACCUUUUUUCAUCCAUAGAAGAAAACUUGUGUGUACCACAUCUAUGUCAGUUUUGUGUACUAACAUUUAAGAGAUAACUGACAUUGUGCCAAACCUAAAUCAGUACUGGAGAUGUUUUAACCUUGAGUCAAAAUUUCACAAUUUUCUCUCCAGUUUGUAAUUGUUUGGUUUUUUUUUCUUCCUUCUGUAUCUUCUUUAUUUGUUCAUAAAUGUGUUUUUUCUGGAGUUAAGCUACUAAUCUAGGCAACACUGGAGUACUACCAGGAGGGCAAAAUCUUUGCAAGCUUAAUUCCCUCCAAAGAUGUACAAAAUCUGUCUCUCUGUGUUAGCUGAGUGCGUGCUGUAUGUUGAUCAGUGUUUGAGAUGAGAGGCGUCGUUUCUAAUGGGUGGCUUCUGCUGUUUGACUUGGCAAAGCACCGUAAAACUAUUAGACUGAAAUGUUCAUAGAGAAUGAUGAAUAUAUAAAUAUACAUAUAAAUAUAAAUCUAUAUCAUUUUUAUGUGCAGAUGUCAGUGUCACUAAAAGCAACAAAAUCGCAAGAAAAGGCUUGUACAAAAGGAUUCUGUUCACCUAAAUGUUCUGAUGCAGAAAAAGGAAAAAAUCAUGAGAAACAAACACUGGCUAUGUGGAGCCGGAGCCGCUCUGUUACCAAGCUCCGUAGAUACGCCCAUUCUGACCGUGUUCCGGUGCCAGGACAAUAAAUUACUGUUUGCAAUCUUUA